UUUGUUUUCAGUCGCAGUUUUCUUGUUGAUAUAAUAAAGAUAGUUUUCCAUCAAUAAAAGAAAGGGAUUUUUAUUUUUGUCAAAGAAAAGCCUGGUCAACACCGGAAAAAUCAUUUAAUCAACCAAAAAUGGAUUUCAAUGCGCUGUUGCAAGCCAUCAAGUGCUGCCUAGCGGACAAGAAUCCUGCCAAAGGGACUGCUAAAGCAUAUGGAAUUCCUCGGAGUAGUCUGAUGCGCUAUAUAAAGAAAGUUUCAGGUCAGUUUGGCGAAAUUUCAUCCUUGGAAGAUAGUGUUUUGUUUGAAUUCGUCCGUAAUUGCAGCCAACGUACACCAUCAAACAUGGUUUUCUCUUCGGCUCAAGAAAAGGACCUUGUCCAACACAUUUUGAAGUGCGUCAACCAAAGCAUCAAUGAGCUUAGAAAAUUGGCUUACCAAUUCGCGAAGAAACUCGAGGUUGACUACCCAGAAAAUUGGGAUAAAGAUCAGAUGGCUGGUCGUCAUUGGUAUACGAAUUUCAUACGCCGGCACUCUGAACUCGCUUUGCGCUCACCGAAACAGAAUUCCAUACACACGGAGUACCGUGUGAAAGCCUUUUGUAAGAAAACUGUAGACAUCUUCUUCCGGAAUUUUGGCCAGUUGCUUGACGAGCAUCACUUCGAAGCGACUCAUAUCUAUAAUAUGGACGAGUCAGGCUUUUCAACAUGUCGCCAUGUCGGAAAGAUUCAGGCCGCCGAAAGACGAACGAUGAUCACAAUAGCGUUAACCGUAAAUGCUACUGGCAACAGCAUUCCACCGUUUUUUCUCUUUCCUAGAAAAGAGAUGCAGACCAGCUUCUUAGACAAUGUCUCAUCGGGAACUGUUGGUUUUGCUAACGGUUCUGGCAGGAUGUGCGCGCCAGAGUUGGAACGAUAUAUACGACAUUUAGUUGCCUGUGUUAAGCCUACUCCAGCUUCUCCUAUCUUGCUGCUUCUCGACGACGGUAAUUCGUCACAUUUAUCCAUUGAAGCCAUCGAUUUUGCCGUUGCCAAUGGAGUGCAUAUCCUCUCCUUCCCACCAAACUGCAGUCACAAAAUGCAGCCAUUAGACGUGUCCAUCUACGGACCGCUAAAGACUUAUUACAAGUCUGAGUGUGACGCUUGGCAAAAAAAUAAUGUUAACAAGGUGUUGGAAAUUCGUCACAUUGCUGGCUUGGUAUGUGAGACCCUAGAUCUGUUGACACCCAAAAUCAUCAAACGCGGCUUCAGAGCUACUGGAAUCUCUCCAUUCGAUCCAGACAUAUUCGGCGACUAUGACUUUUUGCAAACUGAUGAGCAAACUGAUGUGAGUGAGGCUCCUGUUGAUGAAGAGGAUCAGCGCGGAUCAGAUUUUGUACGUCAGGAGGUUGUGUUUACCACACCAGAACCAUCGACAUCUUCAACGAGCUGCCUAUCACUUUCGGAAGAAAUUGAUCCUUUGAGAGCGGCUACACCUAAGAAGUCUUCGAAUCGUGGUCGAAAGCCGAUGCAAAGCUCCUUGCUUACUUUUCCUGAAUGCAUUGCUUCUAUGAAGGAAAAAUCAGCUAUGAAAGAUUCGAAGCUAUCAGAUAUGCAGGCAUCUGUUUCUCCCCAGAAAAAGCGAGGACGCAAGGCAACACUAGCCAAACCAUCCACUAAGCUCACCAAGGAAACUCUGACUAAACCAUUAGCUAAGCGCACCAAGGCUCUAUCAUCUGACGAUGAUAAGGAGUUCUGUCUCAUCUGUCUGCACCUUCUGCCAAGGAAAUUAACCGCCGCAAACUCCAUUAAAUGCCGGGAAUGUAGUCAGUCGUCCGGUGCAUUUAAAGUGCGCUGA